AUGGCAGCCAUCCGAAAGUUUGAGUUUUCGCAGACAGAUCCAAUGAAUGCUUCGUCCGACUAUGUUCAAAACGUUAAGCUCGAGAAGCGGCCCAAGAUGUCUGAAAACUUUCGCAAGGCAAAUUCAGGAGACAUCAAGAGAGUCAACUCUCGCAAUGCAGAAGAACAAAAGCUGCAACACGAGAAGGAGACCUGGCUAGCGCAAGAUCGCAAGAUUCGACUCGAGCUCGAAUUGGAGCGGAAGCAUGCCAAGGUUGAGAUUCGCAAGUCUGGCGCUUGGGAAAAGAUGUCGCGGCGAGAAAGAGAGACAUGGGCAGCAAGCGAAAACAGAAGAAUUGAAACGUUUGAAGUGCGGAUGGCGCAAGAUCGUUUCAAACAUUACAAGCCAAAGGUUGAGCUCAAAUAUGUCGACGAUUUUGGCCGGAAUAUGUCUCAAAAGAAAGCAUUCAAGCACUUGUCGCACCAAUUCUACGGCAAGGAUUCUGGCAGCGGCAAAACUGCCAAGAAACUUGCGAAGAUCGAGAAGGAAAAGCUUGCUGAGCAGCGGACGAUUUUUUGA